AUGCAAAUCGUCUUUCCAAACAAAUCUGCCUUACCGAGUUCAAGCGAAGAAACCUUCUUAUCGUCGUCCUUCUUCGCGCAACAAGCCACGAAGCGGCAAUUGCCAACGCCUGAACAAGUGAGGAAACGAGCCACGCUACAACAGCCUCCACAUACAUGGCCUCCAACUCCUGCGAUAUUCUCCGAACUUGGCUUGAUCGUUAAGUACGGAAUAAAGACCUCAAUAUCCGAAGCCCAGUGUUUAUGGAUGAUUGGGGCUUAUUUCGGCAACAGACUUCCAGUCCCAGAAGUUUAUGGAUGGCGUCAAGAUGACAAGGAGGUGUUUAUUUAUAUGGAGUUGAUUCAAGGAUCCACGCUAGAACAGCGAUGGGACCAGUUAUGUGAAACAGAGCGAUUGAACAUUUGUGAUCAGCUUCGACCUAUGGUUGCGGCUCUACGCGAGAUAAAGCAACCUCCUGGUGAAUCUUAUAUUGGAGGUGUUGGAUCCAGCCCCCUACAAGAUGUCAUAUUCGAGGGCUUGACAGUUGGCCCCUUUCCGACUUCCUCAUCCUUCAACGAUUUCUUUGCCCAACCACGUUGGAAUGAACCACCAGCAGGUCCGAAUUUGGACGAUCUCCAUCCUAUGCGACCAGGCCUACCCGAUGAUCCAAUCGUCUUUACUCACGGAGAUCUCCAUCGAAGCAAUAUUAUGAUUACGACGAAGGGUCAGGAGCUACGUGUUUUGGCAAUCAUAGAUUGGCACCAGUCCGGCUGGUAUCCCGCGUUCUGGGAGUAUUGUAAGGCCAGAUGGACGGUCGAACCAGGGGAUGAAAGCAUAUCACUCUUGGGACUACUUUUGUCUUUCUCACGGGGUGUAAAGCAGCAAUCGGACAGUCAGCACGAACUGCUUGAAACGGAACAUGAGUGGUGGACAAGUAAAAAGAGGUGCCGAACCGGCGGAGGUCUCGAUGGAGUCGUUGUUGAUUUCGAUUUGGAGACUGGACAGAUUUUCGACGCCGGUGAACCAGAAUGGGACUACGUUAUCGGAGCUCCAUUUAUCAACUAUCUUUCUAUUCAAUAUCUUGCAUCACAUGUCUUUGGCUUCGUUCCUCGCAUUGCGUACUGCAGCCUAUGGAUCUUCCAUUAUUUGGAGAAGCGUGAUAGAACAACGAAAGAACUUAUCCUUGCCGCCCCUCGUCGAUCGCGAGACGAAGUCGAAGAAUUUUUCAGAAUAAACAAGCAAGCAUGGGAAGCUAGCGAGCAACGGAGACAAUUACAAUCAAUUAUUUCAACGAAGACUCCAUAUCAUAUUAAGAAAAUCGUUGCCUUCGCGUGUGGAGGGAUGGCUUUCUAUGACGAACUGCCUUGGGUGACGCGGUCAGCUUACCAACACGCGUUAAUUAUAACUCUACGGGACAUCUUGAGUGAGCGGCAAGACCCGGUUGAUAAUAUUCAAUGCUAUGCACAGGACCCAUGCUAUACCGACAUCGACAGUGAGGUCCUCGAGCGAUCUGGAAUCACUGUCCUCGAUGAUCCACAAGGGUUCCUAGAGGUCGAUGAUUCAACAGUGGUUCUUUCGUUCUACGCUAAUAUACCGGUAAGACAGAUCAUAGCAGACAUUGCUCAACCAGCUAUGAUGAUUUGGGAUAGAAUUGAGUUCUUUGAAGAUGAGCUUACAAAGUCGUUCGGAACGGACCCUGACUCACCUCGUCUAUCCAAGAUGAUUCAAAAUUUCUAUGAAGAGAUUGAGUUUCCUGGCCGUCUCGACCCAUUUAAGCAUAUAGGUAUCUAUGUCAGACACGGGGCAUAG